GCCGAUAAAAAUUCAAUUGUUCGGUGAUUCUUGUUUACGUUUUCUUUGUUCAUCUGAUAGACACAAAUAUUGCGUUAUCAGUGUUGAGGCGUAUUUCUGAGUUCAAAAUGGUUACAAAAUCGUACAAAGGCGGUCAUUUCAAGUUUGUAUUCCGUGUUUUGCAGUGAAUUUUCAAUUUUCAGAAGAAUGUCGUUUGGAACAUUAUUAGUGUUGAUUGUGUCGUCAUGUGUUCUUGCUUGGCUUUACAUUCGACACGCGUACAGUUAUUGGAAACGAAGAGGAGUACCAUAUCUUAAGCCGAAAUUCCCAUUUGGAGCCUUUGCAAAUGGAUUCUUACAAAAAAUCUCCAUCGACGAUCAGGUCAAAGAAAUUUAUGAUCUAUCAACUGAGCCAUUUGUUGGUGUGUACAGUUUGAUGACGCCAGUGAUUUUGUUUCGUGACCCUGAAUUAAUUCGAACGAUUUUAAUAAAGGAUUUUGCCAAUUUCCCGCAUCGUGGAUGGUAUGUCAAUGAAGAUGUUGACCCAAUGGCACACAAUAUGCUCGUUCAGAAUGGCGAGGCAUGGAGAAAUUCUCGUACAAAAUUGUCGCCAAGUUUUACAACGGGCCGUUUAAAGGCGAUGUUCCAAACGAUAAUGAAAUGCGGCGAUUCGCUUGACGGUUUUAUCAGUGAAUAUGCUAAAAGUGGCGAAGUUCUUGAAAUCCGUGAAGUGGUGGCUCGCUUUGCGACAAAUGUUAUUGCAUCCGUUUCGUUUGGCAUUGAAAUUGACUCCAUCAAAUAUCCAGAUUCGGAAUUCCGAGAAUAUGGAAAGCAAUUUUUUGAGCCGACUAUUAAGAACAUGCUUCGCAAUACGGGAUCAUUUUUUGCACCAUCGAUGGCAAAAUUGUUUCGUUCCAGAUUCGUGGACAAGGAUGUGGGUGAUUUUAUGAUUGACACGGUCCGUGACAACUUGCAAUACCGAGAAAAACACAAUAUCACACAAAAAGAUUUCUUUCAAAUGCUGAUGCAGCUGAGAAAUACGGGCAAAGUGACGGAAGAUAACGAUGAUUGGUCAACAAAAAUGACGUCAGGGGAAAAAUUAAUGAGCAUUAAUGAGAUGGCCGCACAGGCACACGUCUUCUUCGUAGCGGGCUAUGAAAGUAAUUCCACGACAAUGUCAUUUUGCAUGUACGAGUUGGCCAAACAUCCAGAAACUCAACAAAAAGUAUACAAAGAGAUUGUUGCCGUUCUUGAAAGAUACAAUGGCCAAUUGACAUAUGACUCCCUAGCUGAAAUGAAAUAUAUGGAAAAUUGCAUUGAAGAAACCCUAAGAAUGCACACACCGUUCGGUUUCUUCACAAGACGAUGUGUGAAGGAUUAUAGGAUUCCAAAUUCAAAUGUGGUCAUCGAAAAAGGAAUUCAAGUGAUGAUUAGUGUUGAUGGCAUCCAUUACGACCCAAAAUACUACAAGGAGCCCAUGCGUUUUAUGCCGGAGCGUUUCAGUGAAGAAAAAGUACCAUUCAUCGAUAGACCAUUUCUAUCCUUCGGUGAUGGCCCAAGAAAUUGCAUUGGUCUUCGAUUUGCCAAACUACAAACCAAACUUGGUGUUGUUUUGAUGUUGCGCCGAUUUAAAUUCGAACUCAGCGACAGUCAUAAGGACAAGAAAUUGAAAAUGUUGCCGCAAGGCCUGGCAAAAUUGCCUUCUAUGGGCAUUAACUUGAAAGUUAGCUUCCGAGACACGCUCUAGCGAUAAAUAGCACACGUUAAAAUGUAUUGUAUUAUCAAAAUGUUGUAUAAAUACUUACAGUAAAGUGGAUGAUAAGUCAAGUGUGAUUGUUUUUCUUUGUCUAUGAAAAGCUUUUGUUAUUUGCUUUGAGUACAAAUAAAAACAAUCCACAAUCGUCACAGCGACAGAUAGUACGUAGUGAUAAAAGUAGCACUGAAAGAAAUUAAACCAGUAAACCAAUGACGAAUAAGUAUAUGGGAUUGACUGAGACGGAAAAAAAUAUAACAAUAAAUAAUUAAUCA